AUGGACGGAAAGCUUGCUUCUUGUUCAUUAUCAGGGACCACAAAACUAAAUUCUGAUCCCGGAGGCACAGUUGACCUCCCUAAUGUUGUUCCCAAGGAUUUUGAUCUCAAGGGAAAUCCUGAAGGAGGGAGUAAUCAUGUUAAUGUUCCAGUUGACCAGGGAGCAUCUGGCACAUCUUCUGUUCCAUUGUCUACUCCUGAGGGAGCGAUACAAAGGAGCCAUCCCUACUUGGAUACUUCUCCUCCCCCGCCCAAGGUACAGAUAGAGGAAAACCGUCCUAUUAUAUGUCCUAACCCUAUAACAGUCACAGAUAAGGGUUUAGAAGUGUACAGCUGCUUAUCUGAUGCAGUAUCUGAGAUUCAAAGUCGUCUCUCUCGUUACAAAGAACAAGGAAGGUCUACUGGCGAAGGAGUUAUAGAGCUUGCAUCCAAACUUCAAGAGAUGGAGACCCAGCAGAAUGAAGCCUUAAAAAUGUCAGCCGAGGAUAGGUUGCAACAUACAAUUUUUUUCGUUGUCAAGGAACCAAAUUAUCGGAUUGUGGUGCUAGAAGAAGACAGUUUAAUCGACACAAAAAGGCAGGAAGAAGAGAUUCAACGUCUUAAAUAUUCAAUUGAAGGAGCUAGGGCCGUUGUCCAAUACUGGGAGGACUCUCAGGCAGAAAGUUUCAAGAAGGUUGUGGAUAUAUAUACACAAUACUUCAAGCUUCAAACUUAUGUAACCAAAUUGAGGUCACGGAGUGAGGAGCUGGAGGCCCAAUUUGAGCAGUUGUCUAGAGAUCGUCAAAGUAAGGAGUUGGAGGCCCAAGUUGAGCAGUUGUCUAGAGAUCGUUGUUUUCUGAUGGUGGAAGGAAUCCCUAUGGCGGCAAGUAAGUUGCUUCAAAGUGACGAAGUGCAUGAGAUCUUGUGACAACUCUGCAAGGAUGUUAAGUUGAAAGCAAAGGCCGAGGCGACACUUAACCUGAGACAGCGGUACUUCCGUAAAAAACCAAUAGAAGAGUUGCCGUAUUAUUACCAUGGGAAUUUUGAAGAGAAUGUGGAAUAUCUUUACAAGCAAUUAUUGGAGAAAGAGUACAAGUAUUUGGUAGAUAUUGCCUUUAAUCGUGACAUGUCAAUUGAAAACUUUAAGAAGCUAGAGCCUCAGAAGCCGUCUUCUCGAUUUUAUGAUGAUGUUGAUGAGGUUCCUCCUGCUGAUGAUGUUGUUCGUGAUGAUGAUGACUGGUCUGAUGACUGGUAAAUUGAGGGAAGAUGAGAAUGUGGAAUUAAUGGACUGCAUUCAGAUGAAGAGAUCAACCUUCUUAAGAAUUCAGAUGAAGAAGCUGCGACCUACGACCUGCGACAACUAUGGAGUAUUGGAAGGACAAAAGGUGGUGUUACAUUUUUUCCUUGAAAGAUCAAAAG